ACAUGCAUCCCGUAAGCCAAGAUGGCGGAAGAAUCAUCGGACGAAUAAUCAUGGCGGAUUUUACGAUUUCUGUGAAGUUUUGUUGAUUUUCUGAAACAAUAGAGACGACCCAUGGGCUUACCUAAUCUAACCCCGGAGGAAGAAUACCUUCUUAAGAAGUUUGCUCAGUUGAAGAAAAAGAAGAAGGCGCUUCAAAAGUCGAAGGAAAAGACUGAAACUCCAGUUGUCGUCAAGACAGGAACAAAGCGGGAUGCUCCAGCAGAAAUUUCCCAUGCUCCUGAAGAUGCUAAAGAGAUUGCUAAGAAGCUAAUUGCUUCAGGGGAAGUAAAGAUUAAAAAAGAUCCUGUCCAUAGGGAAUUUAAAAGGGCAAAAGGUGGAGAAAGAAGACCUAAGGAGUUUCAGCAGCAACUGCCAUCAAACAGAAAUGAGCAGCAGGCUCGUGCUGCAGCAAUGAAGAAUCUAUAUGAAAGUUUUGUACCCUCCUCAGCUACACAGAACAGACGCUUUUCUGAAGGGCAAGGGUCUAGUAGAAGAAGUUGGUCCGAAGAACCAAGAAAGGGUAACACCAUCUAUGUAAAAGGUUUUGGACUAACAGAAAAAAUCCUUCAGGAAUCAUUUACUAAAUAUGGUAAAGUGCAAAAAGUCAACUUUGAAAAGGACAAGAGCCAAGGCUUUGUAACGUUUGAUUCCUGUGAAGCAGCGGAAAAAGCAAUUGAUGAGAUGAACGGCAUGCUGGUUCUUGGUGUGCAUAUCAAAGUGGCUCUUUCAAGAAGACAACCAAACAUGGGAGAUACACAAGGGCAUCAUCGAAGACCCGGAUUAGGAAGUAGAGAUUCUAGAGGGCACAGUGCAGGCCUUCAGUCACAGGAGGCAAGGGAAAUUGUUUCGUAUGAUGACCUGUAGAUUACGACACGCCGUGAA